AUGAUCCGGGCACAGAGGAUUGCGGCUCUCAGAGUCACGAGGGCGUACCGCACAGUCUCGGCUGAGGCAGCCUUAUUCCUGGCGGGAACUCCUCCGGGUGAUCUUCUUGCUUUGGAACGCAAAAGAGUCCGAAGUAAACUUGACGAUCUGGACAGAGCUGAUUCAAACAGAUGGAGUCGGGGCGUUAGAGGAGCCUGGACGCGCACGAUUCUUCCGGACCUGAUAAGAUGGACGAAAAGAUGGCCCAAAGACCUCACGUUUCAUGUAACGCAGGCUCUUACGGGACACGGGUGUUUCAGGUACUACCUACACAGGAUGAAGCGCGCCCCUGAUGCGGCUUGCCUGUACUGCCAACACCCUGAGGACACUGCGGAACACACAAUAUUUGAUUGUGCUUACUGGGAUCCGCUUCGGCUGCCAGUGAAGAUGUUUGUUGGUAACCGAAAUAUAACCCCGGGAGACGUCCAGGAUUUGCUGUGCGGCCCCACUGAUGUCCCGUUCAGCGAGAACGACCGGCUACGGGCUGCCUCCCAACGUGCCACCCAGUCCUUUUAUAGUUUUAUGACAUGGUUGACAACAUUUUAA